AUGUCUGCCUUCGUAGGAAAGUAUGCUGAUGAACUGAUUAAGAAUGCCAAGUACAUUGCCACCCCCGGCAAGGGUAUUCUGGCUGCCGACGAGAGUACCGGCACAAUCGGCAAACGCCUAGCCAGCAUCAGUGUGGAGAACAUCGAGUCCAACCGCCAAGCUCUUCGCGAACUCCUCUUCACCUCUCCCAAUGCCCUCUCGUACCUCUCAGGUGUCAUUCUCUUUGAGGAAACCCUUUACCAGAAAACCUCCGAUGGCAAGCCAUUCGUCGAGGUUCUUCAAGAAAACGACGUCAUUCCCGGAAUCAAAGUCGAUAAGGGCACUGUCGAGUUAGCUGGGACUAAUGGCGAGACCACCACCCAGGGGUUAGACUCGCUAGGAGCCCGUUGCCAGCAGUAUUACAAGGCCGGUGCGCGUUUUGCCAAGUGGCGUGCUGUUCUCAAAAUUGGCCCUACUGAGCCAUCAGAGCUGUCCAUCCAGCAGAAUGCACAGGGGUUGGCUCGCUAUGCGAUUAUAUGUCAAGAGAAUGGACUUGUACCGAUUGUUGAGCCGGAGGUUCUAACUGAUGGAAGCCAUGAUAUCAAUAAAUGUGCUGCGGUUACUGAAACUGUGCUUGCAGCAGUUUAUAAGGCACUGAACGAUCAACAUGUUCUUUUGGAAGGAACUCUUUUGAAGCCUAACAUGGUCACACCUGGCUCUGAUAGCCCUAAGGUGACACCAGAAGUGAUUGCUGAAUACACAGUUGCAGCCAUACGCCGGACAGUACCACCGGCAGUGCCCGGGAUUGUGUUCCUCUCCGGUGGACAAAGCGAGGAAGAGGCAACCGUAAACUUAAACGCCAUGAACAAACUGGAAGUUCUGAAGCCAUGGACACUCUCAUUCUCAUUCGGUCGAGCUUUGCAGCAAAGCACACUCAAAACAUGGGCUGGAAAGAAGGAAAAUGUUUGCAAAGCUCAAGAGGUGUUCUUGGGAAGGUGCAAGGCUAAUUCAGAAGCCACACUUGGAAAGUACACUGGGGGAAGUGCUGGAGAAUUGGCUUCUGAGAGUUUGUAUGUUAAGGGCUAUAAGUACUAA